AUGGUCCUGCAUAAAAUGAAGAGGAGUUUUCUGAGGCGAUUUUGCAUCUUAUUAUCAGUGAUUCUGAUAGUUACGACAGUAAGUCAACAAUUGUACGGCUAUGGAACGUCACAAAUGAGCAUAGAGGGAAAUGACGACCUGAUGAAUCCUACAGAUAAAUUGGAAUAUAGAGAUGCUUUAAGCAAGUCUCCUUUUCGAUUGCUUUAUCAUAAGAUAGACGGAUUAUUACGUAAAACGGAAUUAGACUCAGACAUUGACAUCAGCCAAAAUGAACGGGCACUAUUAUCAAGUUGGGACCAAGGUAACAAACUCAAUCAGUGCAAACUUUUGUUUUCCAGUGUAUAUGAAAGUGAAUCUUUGAACUGGUCGAAUCAGCAACUCUUUGAAGAGUCUGAAAACUAUGAAGGAUAUGAUGUCUCGCCAUCAUUAAUCAGUGAACGAAUGAGAAUUUACAACUAUUGCAUAUUACAGAGUAUGCUAAAUGUAAAAGACUUGUUUGAUUUUGACUUUUUCAAACAGAAAAACAUCGAUGCAUGGGACUAUCAAGUUAGAAUGUUCCCUUUUCUAAGGCAAGAUUUUGAUAAGGAAAAUCAGUAUCUGUAUCCUGAGAUAUUUGAUAUAUCAAAUAAUGAAAUGGUUUCAAAACCUAAAUUAAAGUUGACUCCCUUGGAGUUUAACAGAGAUUUCUGGAGGCAGUACAAAACACUGGCAAAGGGCAAGGGAAUUGUGACUACACUGCACAGUAAAGAACUUGAUUUCUUUUACAGACAACUAAAAGUCUUGCAAAAACUAGAUAACAAGUUGCCAAUUUACAUUGUUUCAUCUGAUGGGGAUAUAACGGAUAACCAUAAAAAUGAACUUUUCACUCAAGUUAAAGAAACGACUCAGCAAGUUUAUGUCGUUGGCUGUUCUCAAAUACUGAAUCCAUCAUUCUCACAGAAGCAUUUAAAAUCUUUCUUAAACAAAUGGGUGGCAAUACUAUUUAAUCCGUUAGAAGAAGUUAUAUUCAUGGAUGCAGAUGCCGUCCCCCUUAUCAGCGUAGAGGAUUAUUUUAAAUACGAAGACUACAAAGAGUCCGGUCUUUAUGUCUUUAAAGAUAGAGUGAUGCCCCAUAAACUUGCUACCGAACGUUGUAUUGCCAUGCUACAUUUUGUUGAACCUUCAGCAGAAGAAAACUCAUUGCUUGGUGAGAAUUCUAUGGUCAGUACCUGCAAGUCUGUUAAAACUAUUAAAAAAACAUUAAUGGCAAAAGGCGUUUACGACAACUUUUUUGAGAAGGCACAUUUACACCAGGUCGACAGUGGCUUAGUUAUUCUAAACAGGAAAAAAAAACUAAAUGCCAUGUUAAUGUCAUUUUUGUUGCACUUGUUACCAGAAACACAAGUCUGCUUCCAUGGGGACAAGGAGCUCUUUUGGAUUGGCCCACUGUUCAUGGAUGAACCCUUCUCUGUUCAUCCGACAGAUCCAGGGCUUGCUGGUCAGAUUUUUGUACGCAAUAACGAAAACGAGGUGCAAAAUCAGAUCUGCUCCUCACAAAUUGUUCAUAGCGAUUUAAAUCACAAUAUUCUUUGGGUAAAUGGUGGUUUAAAAGUGUGUAAAGUAAGGGAUUCUGAAGUGAACGACUUCAGCUCUUUCCCAGAUUAUUUCCGGCAAAGAUACAAGGAUGAAAAUAACUUGAAGAGCCUGUACAACGCACCAUUAUAUUUUGAGGGACUUAUUAUCCCAAACCCAUCAUCGAGUCCUUGGUUUCAAACUAGAGAAUGCUCAAUGUUCGCAUACUGUUCAACUGUCUCUAUUGGAAAUGAAGGCAACAAGGACACCUUUAUAAGAUUUAAUCACGAUCAAAGUGAGAGAUACAACAGCAUAGCUGCUUUAUGGAGCAGCUAA